GUUGUGAGAGUUCUGCCUGUUGUUAUCGUCUUCCUCCCACUUGCACCGCGGCGAGGGUACGAUUCACUUGUAACCACGUAUUUAUAGGAUAGAGGAUAGAGACGACGGGGGAGAUCAAGGCAUGUAUCACAACAGGGUCACCGGUGCAUGGUAAUCGUUGCAUCGGCCAUGGGCGCAGGCGACGGUCACGAGCACGACCUUCUCAUGCCUGGAUUCCGCUUCCACCCGACUGAGGAAGAGCUGAUCGAGUUCUAUCUCCGCCGGAAGGUGGAAGGCAAACGCUUCAAUGUGGAGCUCAUAACGUUCCUCGAUCUCUACCGCUACGAUCCAUGGGAGCUUCCAGCGUACGCGGCGAUCGGGGAGAAGGAGUGGUUCUUCUAUGUUCCUAGAGAUCGGAAGUACAGGAACGGUGAUCGGCCCAACCGCGUGACCACCUCGGGCUACUGGAAGGCCACAGGAGCCGACCGUGUGAUCCGGAACGAGAACAACCGGUCGAUCGGGCUGAAGAAGACCCUCGUCUUCUACUCCGGCAAAGCUCCCAAAGGCCUCCGAACCAGUUGGAUCAUGAACGAGUACCGGUUGCCGCAGAGCGAGACGGAUCAGUACCGCAAGAUUUUUUUGCAGGUCGAGAUCUCAAUCUGCCGCGUCUACAAAAGACCCGGAGUUGAAGACCGUCCCCGACUCCCCGGCACGCUUGGUUCGAAGCCGUCAUCGUCUCGAGGGACUGGAAUGAACAGGAAGCACAACACUUCUCAUCAUCAGAUUGGAGGAGACUCGCAAGAAGUUCGAGAUGGAAGCAGCACUAGUCUGCCGUCAUCCUCCUUACAACCUAAACCUACCGUCCAUGGUUCCACGACAGCUUCGGUGGCUUCACUGAGCUCAACCACGUCCACCGAAGAAGAUGGAACUUCGUUCCUCCAAUCCAACAACAUGAGUGGUGUAACCCCGACAUGCUCACUCCUUCCUCACACCAGUCCGUCCAUGGCCACUCAGAUGAUCGAUGAACUCAACAGGUUAGUAGGUUUCAACCAGAAUCGCAUGAACAACCCCAGCCAGUUCCUCCAUCCGCCUUCCCAAACCCAACUCCAGCUUCCCUUCAAUGCUUUGCCUAUGUCACUGACAACCGCCUCAGACAAGCUUUGGGAGUGGAGUGCCCUUCAAGAGACUGGUAGGGAAUACACCGACUUCGAGUGAUCAUUCGUGACAGGCCAAAAUUAUUCGCAUUAUAGAUCGAUUUCUAUACCAAUAUAUGUGAAACUGUAGCAUGUACUAUUGUGGGUGAGACCUUACUGUAGGAGGUUAGACAUGUAACUGAACCAAACCUUUGUAAGCUCAUAAAGCUAUGUGGUGUGUUUUAAGUUUCUUCUUCCUUUGGAUC